CACACAGCGACACCAUGCUUUUGUACAAGUACCUCUCCCUCGCGGGCUUGCUCGCCCCUAUGGCUCAGGCUGCUCCUACUCAUCAAGUCGAGAAGCGAGCCCUCCCUCGACUUGGAGGAGUCAAUCUCGCCGGGUGUGAAUUUGGUAUCCAGCAGGAUGGCAGUGCGACAGGAGGAGCCAAAUGUCCUGAUGUCUCGCUAGUGGCACAUUAUGUCGCAGACGGGGCUAACGCCUUCCGAAUCCCCUUCGGCUGGCAAUAUAUCACCCCCUCCUGGUCUUCCACAUCUUUCAACACCGGCUACUUCAAUGCUUUUGACAAGGUCGUUCGUGCUGUCUUGAACAAGGGAGCGUAUGCGAUGAUCGAUCUGCACAAUUAUGCCCGAUGGGAUGGAAAGAUUGUCGGACAGGGUGGACCUACCAAUGCCGAUCUCGCGAGUAUGUGGUCUCUUCUCGCCAAGAAGUACGCAAACGAGCCCAAGGUCAUCUUCGGAAUCAUGAACGAGCCUCACGAUCUCAACAUGGACACCUGGGCCACCACCGUACAAGCCUCCGUCAACGCCAUCCGCGCCGCCGGUGCUACUUCUCAGGCUAUCGCUCUACCUGGGACUGUAUACGAUGCUGUUGGUGUCUGGGGUUCGGGACAGUCUGAUGCUAUGCUCAGAAUCACCGACCCCGCCCAUGGAAACGACAAAUCUUUGCUCAUCAUCGACGCCCACCAGUACCUCGACGAUCCUCCAUCGGGCGUCAGUAGGGAGUGUGCCAACAACGGGGUAGCCAACUUGCAAUACUUUGAGCGGUGGCUUAACAAGAACGGGAGGAAGGCAAUCAUCUCCGAGACUGGUGGCGGCAACACGGCAUCUUGCGUCAAGAACCUCGGGGAAGAGAUCAACUACAUAAAAACCCAUCCUAACGUCUUUGUCGGUUUCACCGUCUGGGCCGCCGGUUCCUGGCCGGCUGACUAUGAGCUCAACAUCAAUCCUGAUGCUAAUGGGAACGACAACAACUUGUUCAACAAUGCUGUGAAGGGUUAUCUUCCCGGCGUCUGAACAAGGCUAUUCCGCUUGUCGUCGUCCUCGUCAGUAGCUGACAGAAAGAAGCACGAAAAGUGAGAAGUAUUAAAGUUUCAUAGUCAUCUUAUAUUGUUCAGAAAUAUGUAUACUCUUCCUCAAU